GAUAUCUUUGCGAUGCUGGUGACCGGUGCUGACGGUGCAUGGUAGCUCUCUUUUCCACGUCCAGUACUGUAGGAUUGUUUUCUUGACAUAAUCAUCUUUCGAUGUCGGAUUUAGCAGUUUCAUUUACAGGAAUACCGACAGGUUCUAAGAACUGAUUUGGUUUAGAGCUCUUUCUGGUUUCAUCCUGGUCAGGAGAUGGACUCCAGCUAUCCAAAAGUCGUCUUGGUGUUCAGUGGAAAGCGCAAAUCUGGAAAAGAUUAUACAUCUGCUUUACUGGCAGAAAGGCUUGGAGAUAUUUGCACAAUACUGACUCUUUCUGCACCAUUGAAACAUCAGUAUGCAGAGAUCCAUGGCUUAGAUUUCAAUCAGCUGCUCUCAGCGUCAUCCUAUAAAGAGCGUUAUAGACAUGAUAUGGUAGUGUGGGGUGAGAAAAAGCGAAAUGAAGAUCCAGCAAUAUUCUGCAGACUUGCCACUCAAAAUGUUUCGCAUCAACACAAGGUAUGGCUAAUCAGCGAUGCAAGACGCAAGACUGAUGUAGCAUACUUCAAGGAGAUGUACUCGGAUAGAGCUAAGCUUGUUAGGGUGCAAGCUGAUGAAUCUGUCAGAGCUUCAAGGGGUUAUGUCUUCAAGAAAGGAGUUGAUGACAGUGAAACUGAAUGUGGUUUAGAUGAAGGAGUAUCAUGGGAUGUCAUUAUUACAAACAAUGGAAACCAAGAUGACCUAGAUAGUCAACUCAAACACCUAAUCAGCAGUAUACAACAUGGUUUGAUAAAUGAUGUAUCAUGACAUUACAAGUAAUCUAUAUUUACUUUUGUACUUUUAAGAGAAUCUAUGAACAAAUAUGUUGCAAUAUUCAUUGAGUUUUGCCAAAUAAUGAAUUAAUCAAUGGUAAUUAGUAAAUUUGUCGAGAAUUUGCAAUCCUUUGGUUAGAUAGUAAUGUCUAUAGCUAUCUGUGAUUUAUCAAAGAUAUCUAUGAUAUCAGUAUAAGAGUACCACUAUAUUAUGAACAGAGAUACCAGCUGUCUUGAUUCCAUCAGAACUUUAGGCUCCCGAAUAUUGCUAGCAACAAUGGCCUUAACUCUUUCCUUACUCUCAGUACCUUAACCCCAAAAGGACUGGGCUAUUUGAAUUUGAGAUGAAUAGAGGACUUGGGGUAGGGGGCCAUGAUGGCCCCCCCCCCCUUCUUAUCCCGGCCGCCGUUCGUGCAAUCGCGUCAAAAUUUGUCAUAAUGAUUAACAAAAUGAAAAUCAAGCCUCGGCCAUUUUAUGUAAAUCACAGCUCAAUGUAAAGCAAAUAUCGUCACAAUGGCCUCGGUGUGUGGGGGAGUAGGUUGGGGCACAAUGCGCUCCUCAAAGUGGUUUGGGCAAGGAAACAAGUUAAAAAAGGUAAAAGAUAUCUUCAAAUCAAUUUUACUAGUUAAAUUCCA